GAGAAGAAGCUGAAGCGCACAGAGACGCACAGAGAAAGAACCUGGAACUACUUGUAGACAGCAAAUACUGACUUCCAGCAUGUUUAAGAAGAAGGACAGCAGCCAGGGCCAGACAACUGACCCGAUUGUGCUGGUCAACCGCUUGCAGGAGUAUUCAGACAAGGUGGAAAAGAACUUGGAGGAUGCUGAGCAGCUGCUGGAUAAGGACUAUGAGAAUGGGAAGCGUGGCCGUUCUCUGACUUGUCGGAUCAAGACGGCGGACAACCUGGCCGAGGCAGAGACAUUGCUCAAGCAGCUGUUCCUGGAUGUGGACAAAGUGAAGAAACUGCACCCACAAGGUUCUGAGAUUGAACAGGAUGUGAGACAUCUCCAUGAUCGCUGGUCACACGGCUGCAAGAGGUAUCGAGAUCUGUACAAGCAAAAUCUGGAGCUGGAUCUCUCUCCACAGGUCAACUGGGCUCAGGUGCUUGUUGCCAAACAGAAGCAGAUCCAGAGGGAGGAAUACGGCCCAAACCUGUCUGAUGUAGAAAAGCAGAUAGCGACCCACAACAUCCUGCAUCAAGAGAUUGAAGCAUACCGCUCUCAGCUGGACUCAGAGGAACUGAAUCAGUACACACACCUCAUGGAGGCUUCACUCGAUCGUAAGCGAUAUCUGUCCUCUCUGUUUGACUACAUCCUGCGCUGUAAUAAAGAAGUCAGCUACCUGACUGAGCAGCAGGACCACAUCCGCAAAGCCGACUGGAGUGACCUGAUCAGGGACCUAGUUGGAUUGCGUGCUAACGCCGAGAGGUUGAAGAGCAACGGAAUUCUGACCCAUGAGAAUGAAGUAAACAAGAUCCGUCAUGAAGCAGAAAGUCUGGUGGAUGCAAACCAUCCUGGAUCCCAGGCUAUUAAGAAACAUAAUGCUGAAGUACAGAAGGAGUGGCAGCAAUUCCGCAACCUCUGCACCUGCCAGGACACCCACUUGAACAAUGUGGAGAUUUACAAAAAGUUCCAGCUGGAUGCCGAAACGGUCUCCGAGUCUCUGAAGAGAAUCAACGUUACCAUGGAGCCAUCACUGCUGUCCAACAUGAGCAACUCGCAGAUCCUAAUGCAGCUCGAGGGAGAGGAUAGAGCGGUUCAGAGGAAUGAACGCAGACUGGCUGAGUUGAAAGAGCUUUGCACCAAAAUUCCCCCUUUGCCCCAGCGCAGGGCUCAUUAUGGCAACUUUCCUGUGGUGGCCCUGUGUGACUGGAAAACUACUAAGGCUUCGGUAAAGCAAGGAGAUAAAUACACUCUGGUAUCCAGCCCGAGGGAUGAACCAUGGGAGGUGAAGAACAACUUUGGAGAGAAAAAAGUUAUCCCUGGAGCAUGCUUUGUCAUUCCACCUCCUGAUACAGAGGCUAUUGAACGAGUUGAGAGCCUGGAACAGGAUUUUGCUGGGCUGAAGAGAAGGAGAGCGUCUCUGCUGGCCUCUGUAAGGACCCCGAGUAUGGAGGUCAUUAAGGUUGUUCAAAGAGUGAGUGUUUCAAGUGUUCCUGAGGACUCUCGCCCAUAUGCCCUGUCUAACCGUCUGGACCGGCUCAUCACUGAUCUUCUUCAGUUGGAGAAGGAGAUGCUUGGCAGAUUAAGAGCUCCACUGUCUCGAGCUGAUCACACUGGAGAUCUUCUAGCCCGAAUCCGAGACCAUAAGAGUGAUCUCAUGACUCUGAGGAAGCUGGAGGCAGAGAAGGCAUCGAUUCAAAGGGAAAUUGAACCUCUUCUAGCCAGUAAAUCUCUGGACCCCACUACAGUGUCUUACCCUCCAAAGCUCAGCACUGCAACAAACAAAAUUGAAGACCUCAGCACCCUCAUUGACCUCUAUGACAAAAAGGCUAAUGCUGUUAUGUCUUUGGAGAACCAAAUUAAGAAUGUCGGCAUGAGUCUGAUAGAGCUUGAGGAACAACUGGCCAGGGACACGAUCAUCCUCGACAAACCUGAUGCCCUUGAGGACCACAUUAACAUGCUCGAGAACAUUUGCAGUGAUGUGGCAGCCACGGAGGAGGACAUCCAGAAACUGAACAGUGACCUUGAGCUUGUUGAGCAGCUGUGUGGCCAUCUGCAGAAGGGCUUCUAUGAGUACUGCCCUGACAUCCACCGACAGGAAACAGAGGUUAGGAACCUCAGGAACCGUUAUGCGAACAUCAGGAACCAGCUACAGCAGCGAGUCACACUGAUGCUGGAGGCAACUAAAAAGUACCAGAGUUUUAAAAGUACUGUCCGUGCCCUCAACACCUUCCUGAACGACUUGCCCAGAAACAAGAUACUUUCUGUUGACACCAUGGCUCAAAUCACUGCCAAGCAGAACUCACAGAAGUGGACCGUUGAAGAACUGAAGAGAAAAUCUGAUGAUAUUGCCAGAAUUGUCUCUCUCUCUCAUGAGCUGCAGACUAUCCUGAAAGAAUAUGAGGCCAUUACCUGUAGGUACCGCAACACUGUCGUCAAUGACGAGACUGACUUGACGAAAUGGCACUCUCUCACUUUUGCUGAAGCUAUCCAGAAUAAGGAAAGAAGUGUUGUGAAACGAUACCAUGAAUUGCUAGCAGAGAACAUCCAUCUCUUUGAUCAAAUGGGACUGGCCAAGAACCUCAUCAAUAAGAAUGAAGUAAUUGUGAGCCGGGUUGUGGUACACCAGCACAGAGAACUGGAAGAGGUGGAGAACCUAAAGAAGGAACUGGCAGAUGAGAUCUCCCGACGUAUUCAUGCUGAAAAUGAACUGGAUUCAUUCAGAACUAGGGUGUUAGCACUCAAAAACCGGCGUGGAGUGGAGCGGGUGGAAGAGAAAGAGACUGUGCAUUACUACCGCGAUCCCAAAUUGGAGGCUGACCUGGAAAUAAUGAGGAAAAAGAUUGAUGAAGAGAGCUCGAAACACUCUGUAACUCACACCGAGAUUGAAAUCGUCAGUAAGAAAAUCAUUUCUGUGGAGCAUGAAAUAUCCAACAUCAAGCCAAAGCUGCUGACCAAGGUGAUGACUGAGUAUGCAAGAGAUCCUGAACUGGAUAAGGAGGCAGUAUUCAUCCGAGAAGAGAUGCGAAAGAUAAGAGAGGAAAUUAGAAUACGGGAAACUGAAAUGGUGCAGAGCACCACAGAAAUCUCGAUCUUGGAGAAAAAGGCACCAUUAAUCAAAGAAAGAGUGAUAAAGAAGGAGGUGAUAAAACUGGAGCAAGAUCCUGAAAUGCUCAAAGCUGUUAUUAGGUUCAAGGAGGAAAUCUCUGAUACAGGCCUUAGAUCCAAAAGUUUAAGUGAGGAAAUCUUUCACUUAAGAAGCCAGAUCAACAACCUAGAGAUAAUGAUUCCCACUAUCCAACCUCGGAUAGUCAUAAAGGAGGUAACGAAUGUAGAACAAGACCCAGAGCUCAUAAAAGAGUCCAAGUUUCUUCGUACAAGCCUAGAGGAAAUAACUCAAGAACUAAGUACCAUCCGAAAAGAGAUUAGCACCCUACAAGUUCAUUAUAGCCAAGUAGAGAUAGUGAAACAAAGGAUUGAGGUCAGGGAGAUCAUCAAUGAAGUCUACAGAAUUGACCCUGAAACUGAUGCAGAGAUCAGGCGGUUGAGAAAAGAGAUUCAGGAAUGGGUGACGAAGCGUACUGAAAUCGAGAAUAAGAUGAGAGUGGUAAUGGUGGACCUUAAGACUUUGCAUUCUCAGAAACCCAGGGUGGAAGUAAGAGAAGUUGUAAAUGAAAUAAUAAAAGAAGAGAGAAGUCCAGAAAUUAUUCAUGAGAUCAAUAGACUGAAAGAACACCUGAACCACCUGUGUACCACUUACCACGCUACGCUGGAUAAGCUGACCAUUCUUCGCAAACAGAGAGAUGAGUGGAAGGUAGAGAAGUCUAAGGUUGAGGUACAAGUUGUUACAAAGGAAUUCAUCAGAUAUGAGAACAAUCCACUUCUGGAGAAAGAGGCUGAACGAUUGAGAAAAGAGGUCCAAGAAGAACAUCAGCUCUGUCGCACUAUUGAAGAAACCAUCUUUGAUCUUCACCAGAAGUACAUCGUGCUGGAGAAACAGAAAGCAGAAGAGAAAAUUACAUACCAAGAAAUUGUAGUUCUCAAGAAGGACCCGACCCAGAUUAUUGAGCAUGAACGGUUAAAAAAGAGGCUUGAUGAGGAAAGCAGAUCUCGUUUUGAACUAGAGGCUGAAGUGAAGAGGUGGAGAGCCACUGUUUUGGAGAAGGAAAAGAGCAUGACUCAAACAGACAUUCGGCAAAAGAAGAUUCUUGUCGAGAGAGAACUUCAGCAACUCAGGUCUCAAAUUAUUGAAAUUCAGAACACUCCACCCCCUGAGGAGAAGGUCAUCAUUGAGGAGGUCAUAAAAAUAGAAAGAGAUGCCAAAAUGGACAAGCUAAUUCAUGAUCUUCAUCUUAGUAGUGAACAGGAGAGUGCCAAGAUCAUUGCCAUGGAAAGGGACAUUCGAAACCUGAAGCUCAAAAUAGAUGUCCUUACCAAGGAGAAAUCUGUGGAGAGGACAGUCUACAAGGAGGUAAUCAGGUUUGAGAAAGACCGAAGUGUAGAGAUUGAAAGAGAUCGUCUGAGAGCCCAAUUGACACAACUCCAGAGUGCCAGACGGGAUCAAGAGGAGGAAAUACAACGCAUGAACGUUAAGGUGACCCGUAUUCAAACCUCAGUGACAAGUUUCUCCAAAGAGGAGACCACACUUAUCUCAAAUAGGGAUACACUGCUGAAAGAGAGGGAUGAGCUUCUUUGGGAGUUGAAGAAAUUGGAAACCGAAAGGCAAGAGAUCACCAUAACAUUCCAGCAUGAGAGCAAAGUACUAAGUGAGAGGACUCAAAUAUACAAGCAAAAGUUAUUAAAGCUGGAAUCUGAGAUACAGAGCCUAGAAAAGGCCAUCCUUGCUGAGAAAGAAAGGAUACAACAAAAGGAGACCCUCAUCAUUGAACUGCAGGAGAACUUGAAAAAGGAGGAUCAUUCUGAAACACAAAAGAGAGAAACAACCAGAUCUACCAAAAUCACUAUUCUGGAUCCAGAGACUGGGAAAGAUAUGUCACCCUAUGAUGCAUAUGUGCAAGGUUUUAUUGAUCGGGAACAUUAUAUCCACCUGCAGACACUUGAAUGCAGUUGGGAGAUCAUCACAAGUAGUGGACCUGAUGGUGAGAUCAGUAUUCUACAGGACUGCAAGAGCGGGAAGACAUACGCCAUCCAAGAUGCACUGAGAGAAGGAAGAUUGACCCAGUAUGAUCUUCAGCAAUACAAGGAUGGCAAAAUUCCCAUCUCAGUGUUUGCUCUAAAGGUUGCAGGAGAAAAACACACAAGUUCACUCACCACAUCAAUCUCAAGCUCAUCUUUAACCUCGACCUCAACCUCUGUGGUAAACAGCUACAGCCCUUUAACUCGAAAAAGCUCUUUAUCCUCAAGCAUUGGCAACUUAAACACCAUCAUCAAUAUAGAAGAGACCUUCCCAAUCUCUGGUAUCUUCGACACCACAACAAAAAGUCGUAUGUCUGUGAGGAGUGCCAUGACCCGUAAACUGAUUGACCUAGAAACAGCUCAGAAGCUUCUGGAAGCACAAGCAGCCACAGGAGGGAUUGUAGAUAUCAACAAAAAGGAACGCUACUCAGUUCACAAGGCAGCAGAACGUGGUCUCAUUGAACCGAGUCAAGUACACAAACUCAUCACUGCCCAAAAAGCAUUUACAGGUCUCGAGGACCCCGUAACCAAAGAGCGCCUAUCAGCAGGACAGGCAGUUCAAAAAAACCUGAUCCCAGAAGAGAAUGCCAGGCGGUACUUGGAAGCACAACUUCUCACAGGUGGCCUGGUAGACCCCAACAACACAGGUCGAAUUAGCUUAGAGAAUGCCAUUAAUGCAAAUCUGAUCGACGAAAAAACAGCAAGAAAGAUUGAAAACGAUGACAAAAUCCUGAAGGAUUUGAUCAACCCUAUUACGAAGUCAAAAAUUACAUACAAGGAAGCCAUUGCACUAUGCACAAAGGACACAUCUACUGGACUCCUCCUGCUCCCAGUAGCAUCUACUGAUUCAACAGACUCCAUGUCAUUCACCAGCUACCAUAGCUCUUCUUCCUUUAUUCAUUAGGGGAAAGUAAUGCUUACCUUCAGAAAAAAAUGAACAAAUUUGAGGAAAGUCAUUUAGAUUGUGGUGUCAGCUGUUAGGCUAUAUUCUCAGAAAAUGAAGGAUCUUUGGGUGACUUUAUUCCCUUAUGAUUUUUAGUGAGUGUAGUGAUAUUUGGGGGAAAAUUGGUAGAUAUCUGAUAUAUAUAUACUGUGUGUGUGUGUGUGUGUGUGUGUGUGUGUGUGUGUGUGUGUGUGUGUGUGUGUGUGUGGUGAUUUCCUAUAUUAUUCUCAUAUUUGGUGUUGUUUUCUAUUAUUUCUUGUGCAUGUAUCUUGUUUGAUUUUAUAAUAUGGCAGCUUUCAUUAAACAUUAUGCACUUAGGGCUCAUUUGGCUGUAUCUCA